AUGUCUGAGGAAAAUCUGGGGGAAGAGUCAGGCAGCUCCCCUGUCUCUCCUGCGGACAGCCUGAGCAACAGCGAGGGGGAGCUGGACAGGCAGCCGAAGAGAUGUGGGAGGAAGAGGAGACCGAGCAGGAAAAACGGGGAGGACUCAGAUAGCCCGACCCCUGGGAAAAGGGGGAAGAAGUCCACCAGCAGCAGCCCCCAGUCUUUCGAGGAGCUUCAGUCGCAGCGGGUCAUGGCCAACGUCCGGGAGCGCCAGAGGACCCAGUCCCUCAACGAGGCGUUCGCCGCUCUGCGGAAAAUUAUCCCCACUUUGCCCUCGGACAAACUCAGCAAAAUACAGACCCUAAAACUCGCAGCCAGAUACAUCGACUUCCUCUGCCAGGUCCUGCAGAGCGACGAGCUGGACUCCAAGAUGUCAAGCUGUAGUUAUGUGGCUCACGAGAGGCUGAGCUACGCCUUCUCCGUGUGGAGGAUGGAGGGCGCUUGGUCCAUGUCAACAUCUCACUAA